GGCGCCACCCGCCCCGCGCAUGCGCGGCCCGCGGCACCUCCCGCCGCGCGCGGCCCCUCAGCGGCGCCCGCCAUGUUCGCGGAGCUGAACGAGCUGCUCGGGGCCUCCCCGGAGCGCCCGGACGCGGGUAAAUUCACCCUGCUGCGAGACACCCGGACAGAUGGCAGCUUCCUGGUGCACCACUUCCUCUCCUUCUACCUCAGAGCUGGCUGCAAGGUUUGCUUUGUGGCCCUGCUGCAGUCCUUCAGCCACUACAGCAUCGUGGCACAGAAGCUGGGAGUCAGUCUGGCAGCUGCCAAGGAGCGGGGACAGCUUGUCUUCCUGGAGGGCCUCAAGUCCUGCCUUGACCUCCUGUUUGGGGAGGAGGAGCAGCCAGGACAGCCCAGUCCUCUGCAGUUUCUGAGCGGGGGCAGCUGUGACCUGCGAGCCCUGUUUGACUUUGUGCGGGAGUCCCUGAGCGCCCCCGCCGGCGAUUCCUGCAAGGGCCCCGUGCUGCUGGUGGAUGACCUCAGUGUCCUGCUGAGCCUGGGGGCUGCCCCGGUGGCCGUGCUGGACUUCAUCCACUACUGCCGUGUGUGUGUGUGCUGCCAGCUGAAGGGGAACGUGGUGGUGCUGGUUCACAGCAACGAGGAUUCGGAGGAUGAGGAGAACGAGCUGGUUGUGAACUCCCUGUGCCAUCACAGCGACCUCAUCCUGUGGGCAGAGGGGCUGGCCACCGGCUUCUGCAAGGAUGUUCACGGGCAGAUCAAGAUAAUCAAGAGAUUGUCCUUGCGGCAGGCGGAGCACGAUCUGGUCCAGAUCUACCAGUACAAGAUCCAGGACAGGAACGUCACCUUCUUUGCACGGGGGCUGUCGGCUGCAGUGCUGUGACACUGUGACACUGCAGAGCCUGGAGUGCCAGUCCCUGCCUCUGCAGAAGCACCACCAGCACCUCUCAGGAGCAGCACAGUGAACUGACCCACGAGGGAAGCUCAGACACACCUGGUGCCAACGUGGGAUCAGCCUGCCUGGGGCCUGCUGCAUCCCUUUGUCCUCCCACCCUGUUCCCAAUACACUCAGGCCAAGAAAGGGAGCAAGAACUUGCAAGAAUGGCCCUUGGAGCAUGUAAAUACAGGCAGGGGGUGCCCUGCAGGCUGGGUGUGCCUUGCCUCACCUCUUCCGGUGUGUUGGGCCCAGCAGGCGGUGCCAGGCGGUGCCAGGCACUGCACGGAGGGAGCUGGAGCUGGAGCUGGCACGGGAGGAGAUGACACACAGCGGGUGGAGCAGGGAUGGUCCCGGAGCAUGGCGCAAUCCUAGCCUUGCUCCCAGCUCUGGCUGGCAGAGGUUGGGCCAUUUGCCAGCUUCCCUGCACUUGGUAAAUGCACAGCUCUGUGUGCAGCCCUCACCUGGCUGUGCUGAGAGCUGGCACUGCCACGCUUUAUCAAACCCUGCGGCUCCCCAAGCUCAGCCUGGCCUUUGUGGUUGGAUAAACCCUCUGCGAGCCUGUGUCAGCCACUGCUUCCUCAUCCCAAACCCUGACUAGCAGUUACAUGGCCUGCCUGUGCUGAAGCAGGUUUUUUUAUUAAUAAUCUCUAAUUUCAGUGAGAUAAGGGUGCAGUGAUUGUGUAACCACAGAUCUCUGGGUGGGAACUGCUCCCCACCUGCUCCUUGGCAGGGAGCAGGAAUGAGCAUCUCCCAGGCCUGGGUGAGGACAGGGCCUUCCCCAUGGCCACAGGGGCAGUCCUGGGAGCAGAGCUCAGGCCUGGAGGUCUCCUGCUAGCUGCUCCUGCUGGGAUAUCCCGUUCAUCCUGGGAGAUAAAAGCAUCCCACACGCUUGUGAGAGUCCAGA